AUGGUCAACAGUAUGCACGGUUCUCUGACUAGUGCCCAAUUAGAAGUCUAUUUAGCUGAUCGAGUGUUGUCGGGUGCGGCCUAUGAUGCUCAUCUAGAACGGAAAGUGAGCAUGGUGACUUCGGCAUUGAAGGCGUACUUAAGGAGUUACGAUAGCAGUAGUGAUCAGUACGCUGUGUCCUUCCUAUGGCCUCAGGAAGGAAGGGAGGAUCUAUUUGGUCGUACUAAGAGGAGCUGCAUCAGUCUACUGGAUCGGUUGCCACAAUUAAUGGAGGCCACCUGGGGAGUAGCGACUCCCAAGGGCUUUGGUAACUGCUGUAAUAUAAGUGUGUUGAGAUCUGACCAUCUCCAUUACUGUUCGACUUGUGUACUGCAUUUACUGUCGGAGACCCCUGGCGAUUUGGUCCUCGAGGAAGCAGUAGAGGCUACUUCGAAGUUGCUGAAUCGUGUGUACCAUCCGGCCAUCGCCCAAAGUGUUUUAAUUAUACGAGAGCAUUUGUCUGGAGUGGAAGGAACAGUCUCGUUAAUUCUGUGCCCUAAUGCUGGUGAGUUGCUCCUCACUGUUCAUGCGAAGGCUGCAUUACCUGUAUUACAGGCAUCGCAACUGCAGGCUGCACUGAGUACGUCGUCAUCGUCGACCCUAAGGCGAGUAGUUGUCGAUGUCAUCGCCACUGGUGGGGGAAGCAGCAAAGCGUCGACGACGUCAACGGUACGUUGCUCUGACGAUACCUUGCGUCUGACAGUAGAUGGGACGCACAACAAGUGUGGAAAGAAUUCGCGAGAUGCGAAGAAGAUCAGUGAGGCAUCCGUUAUCGAGCACUUCACUCUCCCAUGUCUUCCAUCAAGCGUGUCCUUGAGGUUCAAGGAGUGCUAUGGUGGUCUCACCAAUCCUGUAGCUGAGGCGGCGAAGCUUAAUUGGAUGGUUCGGACCGCUAUGAAAGUUAUGUCUCGAAUCCCAGCCAGUGGUCGACGCCAGCUACUUGAAGUGCCCUCUGGAUUGGCCUUGUACACUAUCGCUGUUGGGAAGCUCUUUGACGCUAAUAUGAAUAGUGUUAUCUACGGCUGGAUAGUAGCACCGAUAAUUCUGUAUUUCGCUGGUCUCCUACCUAGAGUGGCCUUCGCUAUGUUGGUUGGAUUCAUUGGAUUCCUGUGGAUGUGGUUUAUUCCUAAGUACAAGAUGGAGAAGAACUUAGAACGCGGAGGUGAUUGGCGUCCGUCGACCAAGAGGGAAGGGAAGUAUGUUGAUGUUGAUGGCUAUAAAACGCAUGUCUACGAGAUAGAACCGGAUCUGGUCGAUUGUAAAGGAGCUGUGGUUUUGAUUGCUGGUGUUGGAAGUGAUGGAACCUUUUUCCCACGAGAUGAGAUACUCAAUCGAUUGCAGAAUGAAGGAUAUCAACUACUUCUGAUUGACCUAUGGGGUCGGGGGUUCUCUGAUUGUCCUCAGGGAGGGCGUUACGACGCUUCGCGUUUCUCUAAGCAGAUUAUGGCGGUGGUUGAGAACUUGGUGCCUGCCGAUCGUCCCGUGUAUCUGCUGGGAAUGUCGUUCGGUGGGUGUGUAGUGGUGCAUUGCGCAGCUACGAAUCCUGACCGGAUCAAUGGUGUGCUCACGAUUUGUCCCGCGGGGUGUGGCCUUGGAAAACUACAGGAGUGGUUUAUUCCUCUCAUAAAACGAGUGAAGUCGCCGUACUGCGACAUCCUCGGCACUCUGGCUGAGGUCAUCAGUUACGAGUUAUUCUUCGACCCUGAGAAGUACCCCAAGAUCCAUGAGAAUACCAUGAUCGACUGGAUGUACAAUCCAGCAUUCUUCCGAGCCUACACUCGCACUCUUAUAGAUUUCCCUCUCCGUGACGGACUUGUACGAUUUCUCCCGGAAGUGAAAUGUCCCGUACGUGUACUGUUGGCGGGUGAUGACGGAACUGUGAACACCCCGAAGGUUGCGGAGUUCCUAGACACUCUGACGGGGUCUAUGAAGUUGUUGUCUUAUAAGAUCGUCCCCCACCAGCCACACGAUAUGGUCCUCGCCGCGCCAAAUGAGAUGACUGAUGAGUUACUUAAGUUGAUGGAGGGAAGCACUACUGCGAACAAGAGAGAUUGA